UUUCAUGCUGCUGGCUGGACCCGACCCCGAUUCAAAGAACCUCCGAGGACGGCGGAUGGAGCGGUUCUUUGUCACGACGCCGACCUCUGACCGCCCCCCGUCCGUCGUUCAACAUCAAAUUCCUCCACACCCCCGCGGCCGGUCGGAACACCAGCGCAUUCGGGACCCGAUUUCAUUGUAUCAUUAUCUAUUUGGAACUCGGUCGCGAGCAUUUCUUAUUCUUGGUCUAUUCUUUUUUUUCUCUUUCGCUCGGGGGUACCUCUCUUGCUUUGGAAAAUGACUUCGUUCGGAUAUGAUCAGUUCGUGGCCUUCGGAUCCGACAGUGCCGGGCUCGAACGCAUUCUUCGCGGCCUCCAAGCCCUCACCGCGAUCUUCAGCGCGUACCCGUCCCUCGUCUCCCUCCUCCUCCUGGCCCCGGGCGCUCCGUAUUCGCCCCUCCUCGAGGCCCUCGGCCCGUUACGGGGCCAUCUGAACCUGACCCGCCGCUUCAUCCGCUUCUUCUGGUUCCUCAACUCCUUUGGCGCGUCGUACAACCUCUACACCUCCACCCCGUCGUCGUCGUCACCGGCCCCCCCACAGAGUAAAAAUGGCGGCGGCGUCGCCGUUGGCCUCGAGACAUGGCUCGACAUCCUCCGGUUCACUCUCCUCGGUCUCUACGGCGGCCUUGAGUCCCUGACGCUGCCGGACCUGCUGGGCGUCCCCCGACUGGAGUUCUUCGGCGCCGAGCGCACGGCGGCGCUCAACGUCGAGGCCCAGCGGUUCUGGCUGCUCGCGCUGGCGUGCGGCGUGCUGGCGAACCUGACACGGAUGCUCAAGGCGUUUGCGUACGCGCCCGUGCCGCAGCACGGGCACGGGUACGGCACCGGUGAGGAGGUCGGGAAGGACGGGGACAAGAAUGCCGAGGAGAAGAAGAAAGACGGGGAGAAGCAGGACGGAGACGGCGGGGAGCCGCUGGAUUGGGAGGCGGAGCGUGCUCGUCUCAGGGCCAUUGUGGUUAAGAGGCGGGAGGAGAGGAAGAGGUGGAGGCGGCACGUGGCCUUCCAGGUCAAGUCGCUCGGGCGGAAGGUCUUCUCGGACUCGUUGGACUGCCUCAUCCCCGGCGUCGUCCUGGGCUGGGUGAACGUCCAGCCGGGCACCGUGGGCGUCGCCAUGCUUGUCACGACUGUCCUGACGAGCAAGGAUAUCUGGGAGAGGUGCGGUGCUGCGGUCGCGGCAAAGAGGGCUUCUUAGAAAGGCUGUAGAGGUGGUCAGCCGUACGGCUGAUGAUUGGUUCUUU